GUCAAAUGAAGCAAAGAGUGCGGCCAUUUUUCUAAAACACAAACAAGAAGAGAAAGCGAGUUGUGAAAAUAUUCGCAGCGAGUGUUGGUCAGAGGAAAGUAUAGCUAAUUAAUCAAACGUUCAACAAAUAGUUGAAAGGAAAUAACAUUAAGAUAUACAGAUCGUUGCGAAAUACACGUAUAUGUUAACUGGAUUUAACGAGCUACAUUUCAAUUUCGUAAAAUUUGCAGCUACCAGCUAGCUAGGUUGUAGCUGGCUAGCUGGCUACUUGGCUGGCUAGCUAGUGCGACCAGCUUUCAACGAAAGGUGUUUGGAGGCAAGGGAGGGUUAAUAGACCCUGAGGAAAUAAUCAAGCAGUAGGACUGUGAGAAGUGGAAGGAAUAAUACAUGCCGGUGAAGAUGACACUUGUCUCUCCCUGUGCAGCCGCUGUUCUUCACACUAUUGCUUCAUAGUCAUUAUUAUGAUCAACUUCAAUGUUGAUGUAAUUACUGGUGCUGUUUGUCCAUGAAAAUUUAGUUUUCGUUUAUAUCUUUGAUAGCUGUCACGUUUGGCCUCCUCCGUCACCUCACCCAACUCCUUUCCCUGAGUCUGGCAGCUAUUUGCGCAGCAUAUCAGAUUUGUGUGGUCUGAACAAUCCCACUCUAAACCACUGCACACUGAAGAACCAAGUAGCCUUUAACUCCCUCAUCGAAUCUGGACGAAACUGGUCCAGUCCUCUGGACAAGAAGCCUUGAGCUCCAGUUGAAGAGAGAAGUAUGACUGCUGAAACACUUAACUUCGGCCCAGAAUGUUGUCUAGGGGAAGAUAAUGGGCGAUGCAUAUCCAACCUAAACUUGAGGCUCCGUGCACUAUCCAGAGGGGGGAGUGUGACGUCCCCCCCUCCUUCUCCAGCCAUGCCAAAGUCCAAGCUGGCUGAUUACCGCUAUGGCCGCGAGGAGAUGCUAGCACUUUAUAUAAAAGAUAACAAGCCCCCAGAGGACAUGCAGGAUAAGGAGUUUGCUGCUAUCAUGCAGGAUGAGCCUGUGCAGCCUUUGGCCCUGGAGCCUCUAACUGAGGAGGAGCAGAGAAACUUCUCCAUGUCUGUGAACAGUGUGGCUGUGCUGAGGCUGAUGGGAAAGGGAGGCGGGGCUGCCCCUGUAGGCGUUUCUAGGGGCCGUGGAGGAUGCAUCAGAGGAGGUAGAGGGAGGGGGAGAGGUGAAGGUGCGUUCUACCAAAGAGUUCCUGGAGGUCCUGAUGAAGGAGAGGUGGGCUUCGGCCGUGGCCGGGAAAUGCUCCGCAGCCAAAGCUGGGAUGACCGAGCUGAGAGGCCAAGGUUUGAGAAGCCAAACACGUGUGCUGAAGUAGUGCGUCCAGGGUUCGAAGAGGCUGGGCCUCCGGGCAGGAAGGACUCUUGGCGUGCUGACAGCGACAACUGGCGUACCCUCCGAGAGGAGGAGGAAGAGGCAGCAGCAGCAGGAGGGGAGCAGCCAGCUUGGAGAGUUGCAGGAUCCCGCCGGGAUGAUGGAGGUCCUCGUUCUGCAGGCUGGCGUGAUCGUGGCGGCCGGAGGAAGUUUGAAUUCCGUGACGGCGAGGGCCCCCGCAGGGAAUCCGACAGGGACGGCCUUCCUGAGUGGUGCACCGACGAGGAGGAUGGAGAGAUGGGAACCUUUGACUCCUCUGGGGCCUUCAUGUGCAUCAAGAAAGACUGUAAGGACACCAUCACUGAAGAGGAUCUGGAGUUUGAAGCUCUGGAGGAAGAGGAGGAGAAUGAUCAGGGAGGCAAGGACAACAACGAUGACAGAGAUGAAUGUGAAGCAGCAGGUGAGGGAGAAGAUAAGUACAAGACUCCUUCUCCUCCUGCCAUCUCUGGCUCUCCACCCUCAGACCCUCUUCCUGCCCCCUGCACCACACAGGCACCCAUCUCCCAUCCCACCAAAACAAACUAUGUGCCCUCUGAAGGCUGCCCACUUCCAGGGAGUGGUGCCCAGCUCAGCCCAGACCCCCCCUCCACCACCACUUCCAGCCUGAUGCCUCCUCCCUCUGGAUCUCUCCUCCCCUCGUCAGGGGGAGAAGCAGAGGAGGACGAGGGCAUGAAGCACCUGCAACAGGAGGCUGAAAAGAUGGUUGCCUCACUGCAGGACACAUCCCUUGAGGAGGAGUGUUUCACUCAAGCACUACAGGAGAGCCACACAAUCACCUCUCACUCUCACACACACCCAGCCCCACACUCUCACACGCACGCCGCUGGACACACACACUCGACCCAUAGGGACUGUGCCCUGCCCCUCUCCCACGAGGCAGCCAUGAAGUGGUUCUACAAGGAUCCCCAGGGAGAUAUCCAAGGUCCUUUCUCCACGGUGGAGAUGUGUGAGUGGUUCCAGGCCGGCUACUUCACCAUGACCCUGCUGGUAAAGAGGGGUUGUGAUGAAGGCUUCCAACCCCUGGGUGACGUCAUCAAAAUGUGGGGCCGCGUGCCCUUCUCCCCCGGCCUCCCCCCGCCCCUCCUGGUGAGACAGCCCCCACCAUCUCGGGGGCCCUCUGGCAAUAUGGACCAGGAGCUGCUUAAGAAACAUUUGGAGCAGGCAGCUACUGCAGCUCUAUACCAGCAACUACAGAUGAGGUUCCAGCACAUGAACAGGAGUGGAGAUUCUAGCAUGAUGCCCUCGAUGAACAGGUCCAUGUCAGUACCUGAUAAUGGGUCCAUGUGGGACAUGCAUACCUCGGCCUCCCAGCAGUCAGGUGGUGAGGCCAACCUAUGGGACUUAACCAUGAGUCAUUCCACUCAGGGGCCAUCUCUGGAGCAGCUUCAGAAGCUCCAAGACCGGCGUGAGGCUGAACUCAGGGCCAAGCGAGAGGAGGAGGAGCGCAAGCGGCAGGUCGAGAAGAGGAGGCAGCAGGAGGAACAGAAGAGGCGUGAUGAGGAGGAGCUGUACAGGCGUAAGCAGCAGUGUCGGCAGCAGCAGGAGCUGAUCAUGAAGCUGCUACAGCAGGCCCAGCCCGGGGCACCAGGGUGUGUCUCUGGGUCAGGGUGGAGCGGCUCCCAGGCCUCAGCCCUCUCCAAACAAGGCAAGAGCCUCGGCCUGCUGGAGCUGGAGACCGAAAGGCUGCUCAAACAGCAGGCCCAGCACCAGAGGGCCCAGCAUCAGAGAGACAGGCAUGGAGGCUUGUCUAUGGGCCAGUGGGGUGAGGGGUCUGUGGGCAUGUGGUCUGGUGGGGGCAUGGAGCCCAAAGGCAGCUCUGGAGGGAUGGGUGUCUGGGAGGAGGCUGUGAAGAACCAAAACAGCCUCCGCAAUAUGGGCAUGAAGAACAGCCGCAGCAGCCCAUCUCUCAGUGAGCAGUACAUGCUGAGGAAGAAGCGUACAGAGGAGGAGGACAAGCUGCUGAAACUGCUGCAGGGCAUGAAGCCCCAGGAUGGCUUCACCACCUGGUGUGAACAGAUGCUGCACGCACUCAACACCUCUGCUAACAAUUCCUCCUCCUCACUGGACGUGGCAACCAUCGUGGCCUACCUGAAGGAGGUGGAGUCUCCCUACGAGGUCCAUGACUUUAUCCGCUCCUACCUGGGCGACACCAUGGAAGCCAAAGAGUUUGCCAAGCAGUUCCUGGAGCGCCGAGCCAAACAGAAAGCCAACCACCAGAGACAACAGCAGCAACAACAGCUAUCAAAGGAAGUUUCAGGGCUGUCCAACUUUCCUAUCCAGGUAGGCUCCGUCCAGUCCAUGUUCCAGGCAGCCCAGAUGGGAAAGGGAGGAAUGUAUGACAGUCAGGCUGUAAAGAUGAAGAAGAAACAGACCAUGAUGCUUCACUCUGACCCUAGCAUCUUAGGAUAUUCAUUCCUGAGCGCUGGGGACAGGAUGAACCUGGGUGAGAUGGAAACAGUGGAGGAUUAUUGAUCCACAGCAUCUACCUGAAUCCACCUGAGGCCUUAUACCUGGAUUAAAACAGACACUGACACACACACAAACCCUCACCUACACCCACACAGACAAUGACGAAUGUGCACUGCUGAGCUACUUUGCCCCCUCAGAUGAGGACCUGGAAAAGUAGUGUUUUCUCUCUCAUCUCUGUGUGAGGGGGGGGGGGGGGGUGCAGAGGAGUACCCUCCUGCACUUCUUACAGUUAAGCACCUUAAACUAAACUAAUGCACUUUAUCACAGGGUUUCAAUUUUUGAAAUUACGUUUUGCCAGUUUGUUUUCUUGUUUUUAGGAUGCAAAAUGUGCAUAUUGUGUCUACAAUAUGAAUACACACAUGUGGAUGUGUGUGUGCAAACAUACCUAAGUAAGGAACUGGAGGUUACAUCUCCAAUAAUAAUGUCGGGUGAUGAGGAUUUCUUUUGGAAAGUAUAUACUUUUUUUUUCUUUAAGUUUUUAUAUAAAAUGUAAAGCUAUAACAAAUUGCAUUUUAUUAAGAAAAAAACUUGAAGGUUUGCACUUAGAUAAACAAAACUAGUUGUAGAUAAGUAGUGGAAGAAAACGUUUCUUUGAAUGCUGGUGGGUUUGUGUGGUAGACUUAAAGCCUGCACAAUUUUUAUUGCUUACAGAGAUGCAUAAAAAGGCCAUGUUUUUACUUUGUUCCAUGAAACUUUUUUACUUUGAAGAAUGUAUGCAAUGUGUGCCCAUAUCAGAUGUAUAGGAGUGAUUGGUAGCAAAUGAAUGUGUAUGUUUUGUACAUGGAAUCUCUAAGCGAGAGUGGAGAGGGCUCUUUUCAACCAAUCUUUCACCAGCUCCUCAUCCCCUAAAUGACUUCAUGAAGGUCUUUUGCUUUGGUGUCCAGUUACCCGACUGGCCGUCUGUGUUUUGUCAUUGGUGCAUUGCUGCCCUCAUUCUCCAUGGUGAGUCACGACGGUCCAUGGGCUCUGAUUCGCUGAUACAACUGUGAAAACAGAUCUUAUGAUUCAAGGCAGAUUUCCGAGGUGUAUUUUACUGCAGUUAAGUCACUCUCGUUUAAAGAACCAUAAAGUUAUGUUUAAUCAUUCUCUUCCUUGUGGUUAUGAGAGUUGGUAAGACCAGAGAAGUCCCUUGCAUUUUCCAAGGGGAUCUAUUGCCUUUAACGACAUGUCAGUGUUGAGGUCUUGCUUUCCUGCUUCCAUGCAGUUUUGCAGACGAUUGCCACUGCGUAUGUUAACCCUAGUAUUGAUAGCUAGAGUGCUGUCUUUUUGUUGCUUUUUGAAUAGAAUGUCAGUUUUUAAACAAAGUGAAAGUAUUUGGACUUGAUAUGGAGCACUUUUGAAGCUGCUACACUAUUGUAUUUUUAUAUUGUUGUUUUAGUUGUUUUUUUUGCCUCUAUGGUAAUUAUUUUUACUUAAAAAAAAAAAAUCUGGGUGUGGAAAUGAAUGUAUUCCAAAAAACUGAAAUGUACAACAGUGCAUUGAGAUGAAGCUAGACUUUAAACAAAUCUUUUGGAGCUAAUGAGUAGAGUUGUGCUGAAGAAGUAUUAGAAUCCCAGAAGAUGAGCAACUGUAAAUGAAACCAAGGUGGACACGGCUGAACACUGCCUUCUCUUACUGCUCUCUGAGAAACACAUCCUAAUAAGGUGAAGACAUCUGUCCACCGCCAUGUUGUCGUCCUCUACAACACACACGAGGAACUAGCAUGGGGAAUGUAGCAGUCGUGUGUUUUUUUUUAUCUUUGAAUGUCUGGGUUGUUACUAUUCAUGAAUGAUCUCUUGCUUUUCCUCAUUGCCUAAAUCUUGUGACAAUUGAGAUUUUGAAGAUGUGGGCAGAGGAAUGAUCGGUACGUCAUCAGCAAACUGAAACGGUCUUCGCUUUAACCGGUCUGGAUUAUAUUUUUAAUGGGGGAAAAGCCCCCCCCCCCAAAAAACAACAA